AUGGCCUUUUCUAAGGGGGAGGCAUUUGGGGUUACCCCUGUGUUGAAUUUGCAUGCAUCAAUUAACUCGAUGUCCCCAAAGGAUGGGAUGUCAACAUUUAAUAACAGUCUAUUUGCAGUGGAGCCUGGGAUGGAUGGUGUGGGAUUGCCCUCUGGUUCGUGGAUCACGAAGGUUAAUGGCUGUCUAGAGCGGUGCAAGGUGAGACCGAAAUUUGUUGUCCCGCCUGAAAUGAUUACUGACGAUAUUGAUUACUACUCAAAUCAUUCCUUAUAUUGCAAAUUUUUGGGGAUGAGGGUCUCGCUUCAGUUUUUGGAGCUUUGGGCUCAGAGAACUUGGGAGCCGGUGGGAGAAAUGGAGAUAAUGUUGUUGGCUAACAAUUACUUCAUGGUUACCUUUAAUUGUAUAGCUGAUCGUAACAAGGUAUUUGAGGGAGGACCUUAUUUUCAUAAUAACGUGGGGUUGUUUAUCAAGCCGUGGCAUGCAGGAUUUAACCCCGCUGAGGAGCUUCCAAAUCGCAUCCCGGUGUGGGUUCGUUUACCUCGCCUCCCAGUGGACUGCUGUCGGGAGGAUGUGUUGCUUUUGCUGGCUUUGCUGCUUGGAAAACCAGUUGGAACUUCGUCGCAGACCUUGGGGAAAAAGGCAACGCCUUUUGCAAGAAUUUGUGUUGAAAUUGACCUAAGUAAGCCUCUUCCUGAUGCAAUAUAUAUGUGUGCGGGCUCUUAUUCUUGGGUGCAGCAAUUGGACUACGAGACCCUUCCCUUCUGCUGCAGGCUCUAUCGUGAAUAUGGCCACUUGCUGAGAAAAUGUCCAAGAUACAAGUCGGUGGAACCCCAGCCUUCUCAACGUUCUAGGGAGCCUCCCAAGGCGGAUAAGGGGAAGGGCAACGGUCCUACUGCGGGGGUAGAUAAUGAUGGUUUUGUUCCUGUCAAGGCUCAGAAUAAGAACAGGGGGCAAAAGAGGCCUUUCAGCGAAAGGCAAGAUGAGGGCACUUUUAACAGGUUUGAGGUUUUGGACGACCUUAGUCACCAGGAAGUUAACCCAGGUUUGGUAAACUUGGAGCAGGGGAUUGAGGGGUUUGAUCAAGAGGGACCUGCUCUCGAUUCUUUUAUGGAACCACAAGGUGAUUUUGGUGUGCUCACGGAUGCUGCUAUGCCGACAGAAGGUCUGGAGGCUCCUGUUUCUUUGGCUGUUAUUCCAGAAGUGGGGGAGGAUUCUUCUCCUCUUGGGCGAAGUGCAGAUCUGGAUUCUGCUAAGAAAUCUAAGCCUCCAAAAUUGGGUAUUUUGCAAAAAGAUAUUAAGAAAGGUGGGGCAGAGAAAUUUGCUAAACCAGUUCUUUCAUGGAACGUAAGGGGCUUGAACAGCGGCCCUCGACAAAAAGCGGUUCACGAUUUAGUUCGAAAGCAUGGUCCUGAUGCGUUUUUUCUUCAGGAGACUAAGUUAUCUGUUGAGAGUAUGCUUGACUUGGCACCUAGGCUAUGGAGGUGUGGUGAGUGUCAAUGUAUCGGUGCUCAUGGAUCUUCUGGGGGUGUGGCCUAUUUUUGGAAUCCUCAGAAAAUUCGACCUCUUUGGUGGGUGUCUUCUAAAUCCACUAUGUCUAUGAUAGCUUCUAGCUUUGAGACAGGGGAGGUUAUUCUCUUGUCUAAUAUCUAUGGUCCUACUGAUAUCCAGGGAAAGCAAGCUCUGUGGUCUCAUAUCAGGUUAGUCCGAUCUAUGGCACCUUUCCAUCCAUGGAUUAUGGCUGGAGACUUCAAUGCUAUUUGCGAGUUGGCUGAGAAGCGAGGUGGUUCUGGGAGGCUGGAGCCCUCUGCUUUGUUGCUUCGGGAUAGCAUCAACUCUUUAAAUCUUAUUGAUAUCAAGCCUAGUAAAGGACAGUUUACUUGGAACAACCAUCGAGUUGGGGAUUAUUGCAUCGUAGAAAGGCUGGAUCGCUUUCUGGUGUCCUGCUACUGGGUUGGGGGGAUGUGGUCUUCCUACUCUAAGAUCUUGGAUUGGAAAGGUUCAGAUCACUGGCCUAUCAAGCUUAUCAUUGAUUCGACUUGUGCUCCACGUACGCCUUCUUUUAGGUUCCAGCUCAUGUGGUUGCGUGACCCUUCUCUGAAGGACUAUGUGGCAGAAUGGUGGAGGAGUGGAAGACCUGCUUAUGGGAUGGCAAUGUAUAUUUUUUCCAAGCGUCUUCAACAUGUUAAAUAUCAGCUUAAGCACUGGAACUCUCAGUGUUUUGGGAAUGUCUUCCAGGAAAAGGCAGUGGCUCAGGAAGAAUUGGAUAGUAUCACAAGGAGGUUAAGGGAGAAGGCUCGAAUAGUUUGGCAGCAGGAAGGGGAUAAAAAUACGUCUUUUUUCUUCAAUUCGGUGAAAGCACGGAGGCAUGGGAAUUCUAUCUCUGGUCUUGUGAACGAUGGGGGAGAACAUCUGUCUUCCUUCCCUGAAAUUUCUAAUGAGCUUAUGAAUGAUAUCACACUGGAAGAACUUGAAGGAACUGUGUUCCAGAUGCAGAAGGGAAAGGCGCCAGGUCCUGAUGGCUUCUCGAUCGAGUUUUUCCAAGAAUUUUGGGAUAUUAUCAGUUUGGAUCUCCUGGAGGUUGUGUUGAAAAAGGGUCUUGAGGAGUUGAUUUCCGAAGAACGGAGUGGUUUUGUUGCAGGCAGACAAAUUCUGGAUGGGAUUGUUAUUGCAACUGAAGUCAUCCAUUCUAUGGCCAGCUCCAAGGAAAAGGCAAUGUUUAUCAAAUUGGAUAUGGCGAAGGCUUAUGACAGAGUUCGAUGGUCCUUCUUGUGGAAGGUUCUCGCUGCUUUUGGGUUUGCGGUGGAGUGGAUUCAAUGGGUUAUGAGUUGUGUCACCUCAGUCUCUUUCUCUAUGCUUAUUAAUGGGAAUCAUUCUGAGCUUUUCGGUGCUUCUAGGGGCCUUCGUCAGGGGGACCCUCUCUCUCCUCGUGUUCAGCUUAUCAAGUCGGUGGUACAGGCUUUGCCCAUUUACAGAUGCAUGCUACAGGUUGCCCCUAUGGGUUUUGUUAAGGAUUUGGAUUCUGUGACACGACAAUUUUUAUGGGCUGGUUGCUUGGAGUCUUCCAAAUGGAUUUUGGUUAGAUGGGAGGUAGUGUGUAGCCCAAAGCAAUUUGGUGGCUUCGGUCUGCAGCAGAUGGCUUUGACUGGUGCAGCUUUGGCUGCGAAACUAUAUUGGAGGUGGUGUAAGGAGUAG